ACCAAGGACCAUAAUAAAGGGUGAAGAACUGAAACAAGGGUUGAGUUGUAACCAAUUUUGGCUUUCUUUUUAUCUUUCUCUCUACCAAUUUCCCCUCUCUUGUUGUGUUCAAAUUUAUACACUCUUCUAAAGUUUUUGAACCUUAUGAAAAUGGACGUGUGCCAAAAUGUAUCAGUUUCUGAUGACUGCAAACAAGAGAAGGUUCUUUCUACCUUCUCAACUAGCCUUGAUGACCUCUUUUCUACACAGAACAUGGAAGUGGAUGUUGGAAUGGAAUGGCUUUCAGUGUUUGUGGAAGACUGUUUUUCAAGCCCUCAAAGUUGUGUGUUAUUACCUUCUAAUGUUCAAAACACCACAACAACAACAACAACAACAAUCUCAACAAAACCUUCAAACACAAUGAAGAGACAAAACCAAAAUGAGUCACCUUUACAAAAUUUCACAAUUCCAGGGAAAGCAAGGAGCAAAAGGAAGAGACUUUCAGCUCCAAGAACAAACAAAAACCCUUUAAGCAUUUGGUCAAACACCUUAAACCCAAAAAAUGAACUAAUUGGUUGUGACCCUCCACUUCUGAAACAAGCUUAUUGGUUAGCUGACAGUGAACUAAUAGUUCCAAAGGGUGAGAAAAAUGUAGUGGAAAAGGAAAUUGUUGUGAAAAAGGAAGAAAAAAUAGAGGAUGAUAUUGUUUUUAAGAAUGAAAAUGAAAAUGAAAAUGAAAGUGAAAAUAGUUCAAUUCCAACAAGAAGGUGCACACAUUGUUUGUCACAAAGGACCCCACAAUGGAGAGCAGGACCAUUAGGUCCAAAGACAUUAUGCAAUGCAUGUGGUGUAAGGUACAAAUCUGGUAGGUUGUUACCAGAGUAUAGACCAGCUAAGAGUCCAACUUUUGUUAGCUAUUUACAUUCCAAUUCACAUAAGAAAGUCAUGGAGAUGAGGAAUAUGUCUUCUUCCAUUCCUACUCAUGACUGAGUCACUUCCAGUACUUUAUACAUUUUUAAUGUAAAUCAAAUUUAAGUUCUAAUUUUUAGGGGGAAAAUUACUCUUUCCAAACAGAGAUCAUACUAUUUAGGUGACUUGUUAGUGCUUUCAUUAAUUAAUUAAUAUCCUCUUUCAUUUUCUCUUUCUCCCAUCUUCAAUCUACAUAACAUGUAACAUGUGCAUUGCACUUUCAUAUGGUAGUAAUUAUUUUUUAUUUUUGGCAA